AUGCAAAACUUUGCCAGAAUGCGGUCCAUGCCGGCGCUUGACGCCUUGCAAGCGAGCAACCAGGUAUCCUGCGGGGUCCUUCAUCGUAUUGAUGCAGAGGACAUGAGACUGCAAGCUGCUCGAUCGCACCAGAUAAGCUCUUUCCGGGAGAAACGUCGAGUGCAUUAUGAGCUGGACAACUUUCAGCGAAGAACCGUUUCAAUGCCUGCGAUGAAGACGAGCAACGUGUUCAAUGAAGAGACCAUGGAGACUCGAGACUCCAUCCUCGAUCUCCUGCAUGAGCUGAGCGAGAAUCAUCCAGAUGCCUUUCAGGCGUUGUUGAGCAAGAAUCUAAAGGUGCUAUGCGAAGACCUUGGAGUCAAGCAUGCGUAUGAGGAGACAAGACACAAUUUUGAGAGUCAUUGCAAGGAUCUGAAGGUUGUGGAAGAAGCUGAGGAAGAGUACACCAUCGAUGAGAUGAAACAAGACAUGUAUAGCUAA